GCGCUCAACACGCUGCUAGAGGCCAUUCAGGGCCCGUGCUUUGAGAACCAGCUGGCUCUCGUGCGCUCCAACUUCCUCUCCAUCACGCAACGAAUGCUCGCCUCGCUCAACUACCGCGAACAGGACGAGCGCACGCCGCCCGUGCGCUACUCGCCGGAUGUCAUUGCGGGUAUUCUGAGCUACACUGCGCUCGGGUCCCGACCUGCGGGAGGAGCUGGAUGUCCUUUGUUAAGCGCCAACGACCUGCGGUGCUGGCUGCGCAACGGGGUGUUCUCAGUCUACCUUUCUCUACUCGAGGAGAUCGGCACCAACAGCGAGAUCCCCAGCAAGAUGGCUGCUGUCAUCGAUUUCACCUCCCUGCUGCACCGCUGCCGCCAGCUGCAGCAGGUUCUCAGGGAGUACAAGCUCGGGUGUCCCGACGCGGGGAGGGAUUUCGAGUCGUCGCAGAGCCUGAUUGCGUUCCUGCGGCAGAUGCUGAGAGAGUACAUGGUGGCUCGUGGUGAUCCUAUGGAGUUUGACGGCGCAGCAGCAGUGGCGGCAGCGGCGGCGGGGGUGGGAGGGGCAACGGAGGCAGGUGAAGGUUCUGGGUCGUUCUUGCAGUUUUUGGCAGCGAGAUUUCGUGGUGGUGACGGUGCUGUUAACCAUGCUGCUGCUGGUGCCUGUGCUGCUGCUGCUGCUGGUGCUGGUGCUGGUGCUGCUGCUGCUGCUGCUGCUGGUGCCUGUGCUGGUGCUGGUGCUGGUGCUGGUGCUGGUGCUGGUGCUGGUGCUGGUGCUGGUGCUGGUGCUGGUGCUGGUGGCUGUGCUGGUGUUUCCAGUGCUGGUCCUCCUGGUGUUGGUGCUAGUGGUGAUAGUACCGCUGCUGGUGAUGCAUCUGCUUUGGGGCGUCUUAAGCGAAUUCUGGUUGGGAAUAACGGUGGGAGUAACAGUGGGAGGCUCGCGAGUGCUGCUGCCGUGGCUGCUGCAGGGGGGUUGCAAGUCGAGGACAGGAGAGGGGAUGUGCGAGGGGAAGGAACAUACUGUGCUGCGAACAGUCAAAUUGGAAGGGAAGAGGAUGGGGUAGUGCGAGGGGAUGAAGCUGCGAGGAUCUGGCGAGGUCACUGCCGCUCCCUCCAUCUCCCCCCAGUGGCGUCCCCCCCUUUGGAGCACAUUCAAUACAGACUCCCUGCUCUUCCUGCUGCCUGGCGAGGGCCAUUUGCCACAUGUGCAUAUUCCGUGCUGAAAUGCGACAAGCCGCAAAGAAUCGGAACUCUGUGUUUUGAACACACCCUAUCCGUUGGGGAUCAAGACCUGGAAGUUUUCUUCAACCAGCGCUCGUGUGCUAUCGAGGUUGUGCGCGAUGGGCAGCUGGAAAAAGUUUACUUCCCGCUGACCCCCGAAUGCAGGAGGCUGUCUCAGGACCCGCAAUGGACCCAGGCUGCCCUGCAGGAGCUGUAUGACGUUCCAAGAGAAAACCCCAUUCAGAAAGUUCAGCAGUUUAUGGCAGCGGCGCGGCUGCUGGUAUACAAAGUGCAGCACUACGAGCGCAUGAGGCUGCGAUACGCCUGGUCUGGCUGGCUGCAGGCCCGCAUGACCCACCUCAAGCGCGCCCCCUUCUACCUCUCCAUUGUUAUAGUCACCAUCCUCGUCUUUAGCAACACCCAGCUCAGCACCGCUCCUGCUGGUAACCACCUGCAGGGGUUACAGCAACAGGGGGGUGUCAGCCGUGCUGCUUCCACUGCUGCUUCUGCUGCGGCUGCGACGGCGGCAGCGGCUGCUGCUGCUGCGGUCAGGGCGUGUCCUGCUCAGGAGCUUCUAGGUGUGAUGCUACCGAAUGACACUGUAACAGGAGCCAGCAACAGCAGCUGCUGCAGCACCACCGCUGGAACCUUCUCAGCUGCAACAGCCGCCGCCACAGCAGCAGCAGCAGCAGCAGCAGCAGGAGGAGUGAGUGAUGCGAUAUCUCUGUCCCUGUGGGAGAGGCACGGGCACUUGCUGUGCUUGGUCCUCGUGCGCUUUAUAGGGCUGUUGCAGGUGGCAGCAGGGGCGCUCACGCUCGUGGCGUUUGUGCUCAUAGAGUCGCCUCUCCUCGUGCUGCAUGAGCGGCGUGCCAAGGAACAGGCGAUCUCAGGGGCGCUCUCCUCUCUAGUGUCUUCCUCCUCACAAAGCUCUUUCCAUCUUCUGCAUCGUUUCCCGCUGCAAGCCUCACUGGUUCGUCUUGUCCCAUCCCCCCUCCGCCUUUCCACCUUCCUUCUCUUCCAUCACCCUUUCCUCACCACCUUCCCGUUCGGUCCCCCCUUCUCACCAGCUGAGCGGGGUCACACAGAUGCCUUGGGGCAAGGGGAAGGGGAAGGGGAGGAGGGGGCGGGGGGAGCUGAGAUGUGGGAGGAGCUAGAGGGAGUGCCUAAGCGUCUGCUGCUGCAGAACCGGGACUUUUGGUACAUCAUUGCCAUGCUCGUCGCCAGCAUCCUGGGCAUAGUCUCGUCGCCCUUCUUCUUUGUCUUCCACCUUCUCGACUUCCUCAUCUACCACCCCUCGGGAGCCAUCGUGCUGCAGUCCGCCUAUGUGGGCGGCCCUCUGCUCAUCCGCACAGGCCUCGUGGGCAUCCUCGUGAUAUUCAUGUAUGCGGUCGUCUCCUUCCUAGCCUUCGGCGGGGACAGCGAUUUUGCCUGCACGACUCUCUACGGGUGUAUAGGCUCUCAUCUCGUGAACGCGCUUUCGAGCUCCUCGAUCGGAGGGCUUUGGAAGGAGUGGGAUGCGGUGCCGGACUCGAUGUUCGAGGGGGUGCGGGGGCAGCUGCGCACUGUGUUCAUCGUGUCGUUCCUCAUUAUCUGGGUGUUUCUGCUGCAGAACAUCUUCACUGGGCAGAUUGUGGACGCGUUCACGUCCAUCCGUGACGAGAAGGCGGCCAAGGAGAAGGAUCUAGACGACAAGUGCUUCGUGUGCAGCAUCGACCGCUUCGCCUUCGAGCAGCGGCUGGGCGGGUUCGUGGACCACGUGAAGCACGAGCAUAACGCGCUGCACUACCUCUUCUACAUGGACUACCUCCUCAAACGCAACCCCACCGAGUACACAGGCCUCGAGUCCUUUGUGCGCGGCCGCCUAGACGCGCGUAAUGAUGAUUGGAUCCCGAUCGGUCGCGCCAUGCACAUCGACCGGCUGAAGCAGUUCCGGGCGAAGCAGCGGGGUGCGAGCGAGGGCAUGGACCGGGUCCGGCAUGUGCUGGAUCGGAUGGAUGCGAGGAUGACAGCGCUUGAAGCCGGGAUGGAGACGAUGAGGAUUGAGAUCAACCGGUCGUCGUCUCGGUCGUCCCGGUCGGGGUCUGGUGUGGGGCUUGCGAGUGCGAGUGUCGGCGGUGGUGGUGGAGGGGGAGGUGGAGGGGGAGGGAGGCGGUCGCAGGGGAUUCUGGCGCGGUCGUUGACGGGGGGAGGGAGCGGCCGGAGGAGCAGCAGCAACAAUAGCAGCGGAGGGGCGGGAGCUAGUCGGUCGUCGAGCUUUGGACGGACUGGGAGGGGAAGGGUGAUGGGAUCCAUGUCUCUCGACCCGAAUUCGCAGCUACAUAAUGAAGAGGAGGAGGAGGUGACUGGUGGAGGGGAUAUGAUGUUUGAGCUACGGAAUAUCCAUUCAGACAUCCCAAUCUCUCGGGCGUCAACAUUGUAA